AUGGACGAAGUCGAGAACCCAGACCUGCCGGCGGCGGGCGAGUCGAGUCCGACGAUACGACCCAUUGACCAGGAAGAGAAUGACGACAGCAGUCCGGUGGAGAAGUCUACCAUAGAGGAAACAAAAUCAGAAGCACCGGUCGACAGCGCCAACCCUUCUCCCAUCACCCAACCGGUAGCAGCAGCUUCCAGCACACGACCCACCGCCCCCUCCCGCCCGGUCCUCAAACGCGAAACUUCCGCUCCACCACCCCAACAACCACCCCCUGCACCACCGACCCAGUACCUCGAAUCUCCCGAUUUCUCCUCGGACCCGCCUGACAGCCUCACCUUGGCGGAUCUGAAGAGGAUCAGAAGCACAUUCCCCAACAUUCAACCCCCGCCGAAGCAAGAGAUACUAGAUCAUGACCAAGUCUACGACUUCACAUACCAGGAUGCGCAGUCCUUUCCCGUGGAACUGGAAGAAUGGUUCACAUAUAGUGCUGAAGAGGAGCUCCGGCUGCGGAAAUGCAAGGUCAUAUUCAAUCAGGUCUGGAGGGCUGAUGAGGUGGGUGCAGGGUGUGAUUGGACUGAGGUUGGGGAGGAGACGAGGAGGUCGUUUCUGGAGAGGGAAAUGGAGAGUUUAGGGGUCACACGAGGGAUGAGCACGACUAGUCUGAUGAUUAUGGUCUAUCUCGCUCUUGGAUGCUGGGAGGAGACGGCCGGACGACAGGCAGGAAUGGGUUUGGAGGGGUUGUUUCCAGGUGGGAAUGAGGGGGGUGGGAGGUUGGAUGAUUAUAAGGCUAGUGGGAUGCAGCUUCAAUGGAUCGUGAAGAUGGUCAAGCUGAUGCACGACUGCGGUGGGUUGAAAGUGGUGUAUGAUUGUCUGCAGACCUUUUCCGAUCAGAGUUUUGCGGCUUCACCAUUAGAGCAGAGUAUGAGGAAUGAGGCACAGCCGAGGCGGGGGGAGGAGAGUAUGGAGUUGUGGUGUUGUUUGACGUUGAUGUACCUCUUUAUUGAGAUUGCUCGGACGACUGAAGGAGUGGAUGGGAAGGCGCUGAAGCAGGAUAUCCUUGCUUUGGAACCAAAACUCAUCAACUUCUUGACACAAAUCACGGCGAAGUUGAGAUGGGACGACGUGGCUCCUGUGCCGCUAACGAAGAUGCUCUUGCUGGCAUGGAAGACGAUCCUCGUGACAUUCGGCGGAAUAGCAGAAGUCGAGCACGUCAAGGCCUCUCUCCGCAAGAACAGCAGUUCAGAGGAAGAAGAAAAGGACCAAAGAGGUCAGCCGGUGAUUACAGCCUCGCCCCUAGACUACCACCUCUUCCGACAAGAGAUCAGCUCGAAAUACCCAGCCUACCAACCACCACUCCCAACCUUUCCUCUUGAGCCGGAAAAUAACAGUAUUCUCCCACCGCUGAAACACGGGCAACCGAGCUACAGCAGCACCGACUCCACCUUUGGCGGCGCACCGGCUGUAGGCGCACCAUCAAUAAUGCACCAACCCGUGCACAUCGCCACGCCCGCUCCCUCACCGCCACCAUCUCCAGCCGGACCAGGUAAAGCGGGGAAGAAACAGAAUUACCAAACUAACCAGAUGUUUCCAUUCCUAUACCCUCCACUCGACGAAAGCAGUAGCGAGUUAGGCGGCAAGGGAAGCACUUCUCUGCAAGAUGCGCUUGUGGGCCGGAAAUGGGAGGGCUCGGAUGUCCCGAGUAGUAUUUUGGAAGCAGCGGAGUUGUUCGCGAAGAGGAUGAGGGCGACGAGGGGGAUGCGGCAGCUUUGGGAGGCGAGGGUGGAGUUUAUGAGGUUUGAGAGGGGUUGGAAGGGGAUGGGGGACAAGGAUCAUGAAGAGACGGAUGAGGAUGUGGAGGGGUUUGAACUCUUGUCGAAACCUGCACCGGAGGAGACGGCUGAGCAAGGGGCUCCCCUCGGCUCAGAUCCAGCAGCGCGGCGGACUGACGAGCAGAAGAAACUAGAUGCCGUGCGCGACUACUACCGCGACUCCCUCCCUCACCUCCAAAGCCUAGUGAUCGUGCUCCUCAAGGCCGUCCUCCAAAGCGUCACGGAUCUGGUGACGAAGAAUAACGGCCAGAAUGGUCUCCAAGCCGGGAUCCAAUUCAACGAUCCCACGAAUGGCUUACCUAAUGGAUCCAUGAAGCCACCAGAGAAUGGCAUGCAUAACGGUGACGGCAUCGAAAACACAGCGGAAGAAAUGGACAAACUCCGCACACAGGAGAUUGCCGCCAAAGCCCUUAGCGCAACCCUAUUACUUUUAUUGAAAUGGUUCAAGGUGUGCCAUGUGCUGCAAUACGAGUACCUCACCCAAUUACUGCUGGAUUCGAAUUAUGUGCCCCUAGUGUUGAAGUUGUGGCAGACGCAGGAGAUUGGCCGGGCGGUACAUUUUAGGUUUGAGAGGGAGGAGAGGGAGUUUUUUGGUUGGUGUGGGAUUAAUGGUCGGAAGGCGGUGGUUGGAAGCGGUGAUGAGGAUGGCAACGGAGGUAAGUUCGGGGCAGGGGAGGGUGGGGAAGUGGUUGAAGGGGAGGAAAGUGAAGAUGAGGCUGCGCCGCCACCUAUAAGACGAAACAGGGAGAGGGAUCAGCAGGCUAGUGAUCCUUCAUCUGCUGUUCUCUCCCCGGACGAUAUGAUGGUCGAGGACCCAGCGGGAAUGCUACAAGCAGAUGGAACAACGCCGAUACAUCCCCCCGAAGUCGACGAGCUGGGUUAUCCCACCACACCCCUCCCACCCUCGCCCUUGCGGAACUACAGCUGGCGCAACCUCUUCACCUCCCUCAACCACCUCCGCAUCCUCCAGAAGGUCACAAGAAGGAAGACGCAUAGGGCCUUACUCCUCGUCUCCUACAAAAGCAGCAAUCACCUGAAGAAGACCCUCAAGAUCCCCGUUCAUGCGCUCCGCCUCUAUACAUUGAAACUCUUCAAAACUCAAGUCCCCUUCUGCGGCCGCAAGUGGCGACAGGGGAAUAUGAAGAUCAUCACGGCAGUCUGGCUGUCCGUCCCAGCCGAACUCCGCGACGACUGGCUCAGCGGCGGCGGAGGCGGAAUGGGAGGAGCAUGUGUAGGGGACGUGGACGGCACGGUCGAGGACGCCUUGCCACUGGAGCAAGGGUUGAGAAGUCUGACGCAUUGGUGGAAUGUUAGGAAUUUCCCGGCGGCUAUGGGGGUUGAUGGGGCUGGCAACGGGGAUGAGAUGGCGGGGUUGGAGGGGUUGGAGGAGAGGGAGGGAGGGUGGUUUGAGAGGGAGUUGGAAAGGAUGGGAGUUCUUGGAUUGGGGAGGCAGGGGGAGGAGGGGUCUGAGGAGUUUGGGAUGGAGGAGGAAGGGGGGAUGAGGGAGGAUGGUGGUGCGGGGUGGGGAGGGCCUAUUGAGGGGUAUUAG